AUCCUCCCCCUCUUUCCCCUGCCUAUUACUCAUCAAUGUGUCAGUGAUAUUAGACGUGAAUUUUGUUUUAUUCCGUGCUAAUUGCGUUUACGAUGGGUUUCUAGUACCUUAACGUUAGCACACCUGCGUGUGCCUUCAACACACGUAUCAAAAUGCUUGCCACGAUGGCGCCCUCACCGGACCUCUUCGUCCCACGACAACAACCAUCAUCAUCUACUACGGACUCGGAUCUCGUCAGGCUUGAACUUAACAACUUGAGUGAAAACAUCAUCUCCAACAAUGAGUGCGAGCCUAUGGGAUCAGUCGUUGGCUUCGGCCGACGGCCUUCUAACUAAUGAAGAGUGCUCUAUGCUGCUCGAGAUCGACUUAUUCGGAGAAGAAAAUGAUCUGUUUAAGACCUUCCCGAGCGCUGCACCGAAGAUCGAAAGCGGCAAGUUCCUCCUGCAGGAUGACUGCACCAACACCAUGUACCCGCCGUCUCCGCCGGAGACCAAGCCCAGCCGCGCGGAGCUUGCCAACGAUCUUCUGCAGCAGCUAGACAACCAAUGCAAACAAGAAAACAUCUUUUCCAACUGGCUGGAGGAGAAGGUGGAACUGCCCAUCUUCGAGAACAUCAACCAGGUGCCGGAGCGCGUGGAGGCGCCGCCACUGCCGCUGGCGCCUGCACCGGUGCCGCUGACGUAUGCCGCGCCGCAGCCGCCGCGCACCGAGGAGCUGCUGCGCGAGUUCGAGACCGUGUACGGCGCCGUCGAGCUCACGCACCUCACGCCGCCGCAGAGCCCGCCCGGGCCCGCCACGCAGCUGCUGCUCAGCUACGCGCAGCACGCGCAGUGCGCGCCGCUCGAGCCCUGGCCCGCGCCCUACGACCCCGAGCUGCAGGCCGUGGACGAGCUGGUGCGCAGCCGCGCCGCGCAGCUGCCCUCGCCCGCGCCCUGCGCCGACAGCGCCGGCGACUCGCCGCGCUCCUCGCCGCCCUCCUCGCCGCGCUCCUCCACCGACGAGGAGUGGGGCCCGGCGCGCCCCAAGCCCUACUCGCGCUCGCCCGACGACCGCCGCUCGCGCAAGAAGGAGCAGAACAAGAACGCGGCCACGCGCUACCGCCAGAAGAAGAAGGCGGAGAUCGAGGUGCUGCUCGGCGAGGAGCAGGCGCUGCGCCAGCGCCACUCGGAGCUGGGCGACAAGUGCUCCGACCUGCAGCGCGAGAUCCGCUACCUCAAGGGCCUCAUGCGCGACCUCUUCAAAGCCAAGGGGCUCAUAAAAUAAACCCGAAACGGACGCCGCCUCCAGCGUAAGAAUCAGUCGAAAAGGCGCAUUGCGAAGCGCGAUUUGUGAACCGUUCUAAAAGUUGUUAAGGAGUUCUUAUAUUUUUGAUGAUUUAAUUGUUAAGUUUAAAAUGUAAUCCUGCUAAUCUUGUUUGUAUCUCGUAAGAGCAGAUCGUUUUCUUCAUCGAGCAGCAUAUUUCACUCGCAUUAUUUAGCCGAGGGAUCGUAACACCUUAAAAAACAUCAGGUGGCGCCAUUUCAUCAUUCAUUUUAGAGGAUAGGUCGCAUUUUAUUGUUAUGAAAAUGUGAAAUUUUAUUUUUACUUUUAAAAUUUAUUUGUUAUUUUAUCCACGUUGAAUGCAAAUCAAAUGUUUUAUCAUACAUACCUAUUUUAAUCCAAUUAAUAUUGUACCAAUAUUUUCUAUAUCUGGAUAUUCUAUUUUCAUACAAUAUAUGAAAUGCGACGGCGGA